UCUCUCAGCUGCUCCAACUCCCCGGGUGAGCGGCACACUGUCUGCGGUUACUGCGCAGCGUUGUGUGCGGCGUCCGGCUCACGCCGCCGCUGUGAGCCACUCAGAGAGACGGAUCUGUUACUAGAGCGCCGAGAGCUGAAACAUCCAGGAACUGCGACGUUAGGGGGAGCAGCUGCGGCUGCGGCAGGAGGAGGAGGAGGAAGAGGAGGAGGAGGAGAGAGUUUGCUGCCACACCAAAGUGCGUUAUCAGCUGCUGAAGGCUGGACAGACGCGAGGUGUGGGGGACGCUGAUAGAGAGGGGGAGACUCUUUGGAGGGCGUAGAGGUGAGGUAAGGGACGGAAACUCCCUCCUGGUUGUCGGAGGUGACCGUGGCACCGAUGGGCGCGACUUCCCCCAGCUGAGCCGCCGUUCUUUACCCGGCAGCGGUCCUCAGAUGCUGCCUCUGAUCCGCCUGACAGUUGGAUAAGUGGCGACCCAGCUCUCACCGGCACCAUGCUCCACCGUAACCUGCGAACAGGUGGCUAUAACCUGCCGGGGGUGGAGUCAGGCGAGGUGCCUCUCAUUGGCUACCGGCCCUUAUCGCCUGAUGGGGGAACCCCAAGCAGCCAGUCAGGGAGGAGCGAAAAUCUGGAAAAUUCACAGGCGGAGUCCUCACCCAUGAAGACUACCUGGUACUGCCCUCUGGAUUUGUCCACUGUGGUGGAGGAGGAAGACGAAGGGGUUAUCUACACGGUCGUGGUCAAACAGCAGCAUGCCAGCCCUAACAGUCCAGCGUCAACCGUUUCCCGUUCCCAGUGCGUGAAAGCUGGAACGGAAGAGAAGCUGGUGCUGCACCUCCUCCACUCUUUCUCACUGGGAGAUUCCUCCUUCAUCUCCAUCUUCCUGUCCACCUAUCGGUCCUUCACCUCUACAGAGAGAGUGCUGGACAUCCUCACUGACAGAUUAGAGAAUCCGCCUGGGGACAGCGAGAGAAGUCAGACAAGACAAUCCUUCAACAAAGCGGUGUGUACUGUGUUCAGCACGUGGCUUUCGGAGUAUCCUGAAGACUUCAGGAACCUCGGAGAUCCGUCUCGUUUGUUGCGUCUGGCUCCUCUGCUGCCUCAGGACUCCUCGUCUGCUGUUGACCUUCGAGCUCGCCUCCUCCGGACGGCCGAGGAGCUCAGCGAGAGAGCCCUGCUCCCCGACAAACACAGAGAUCAGAGCAGCUCUAGCAGCUCUCCUCCUGAUCCUUCAAAGUUUGAACCCACCAGCGUCCUGGGAUUCCCUGCUGCUGUCAUCGCUGAGCAGCUCACAAAGAUAGAAACUGAGCUUUUUGUCCGUUUGGUGCCGUACCACUGUCUCGGCUCGCUGUGGUCUCAGAGGGACAAGAAGGGCAGGGAGGGCGUUUGUUGGUCUGUCCGGGCCACCAUACGGCAAUUCAACAAGUUAGCCAACGCCGUCUUAGCAUCGUGUCUCUGGCCGACGAAGCUGCGCAGCCAGCAGAGAGCCCGACUGCUGGAGAAAUGGAUCAGUGUUGCAGAGGAAUGCAGAGCCAGGAAGAAUUUCUCCUCCCUGUAUGCCGUCGUGUCGGCGCUGCAGAGCAACCCCAUCCACAGGCUGAGGAGGACCUGGCAGGAAACGGACAGAGAGGCCUUGAGGAGAUACGAGGAGCUGGCAGAAAUAUUCUCAGACAAGGACAACUAUUCACAGAGCAGAGAACUCCUGAAGGAGGAGGGAACCUCAAAGUUUGCCAACCUUGACAACAGGAUCAACAACAGACACCACAGCAGGUCCAACGCUCAGGGCACCGUGCCCUACCUGGGAAUCUUCCUCACAGACCUCACCAUGCUGGACACGGCGGUCAAAGACCGGCUGGAUAACGGCUACAUCAACUUUGACAAAAGGAGAAGGGAAUUUGAGGUUUUAGCUCAAAUCCGGCUCCUGCAGUCUUCUUGCAAAAACUGCGUGUUUGACUCCGACGAGGCCUUCUCACAGUGGUACCACAGCGUGCCCACACUCACAGAGGAGCAAAGUUACAGACUGUCCAAUGAGAUUGAAGCACCCACUGAGCCGAGUCCUCGAUCUUUGAUGCCAACAGUCAUCAUCACCCAGUGCUCAGACCUGAGCAGCUCCCGGACCAGCCUGGCUGGUGACGGCGAAAGCCUCUUCGACUUUCACUCUCCAGUUAAUAACUUUCUCUCCAAACUCACAAAGCACAUGAGAUCUCCGUCGGUUUCCUGUCUGGACGUCGACACGUCCCCUCCGACCAACGAGUCCACCCCCGUUGCGCUGACCCCAACCACGCCCACAAAAACGCACCGCAGAUCAGCUUCCUGCGGCAACAACCUCCCCAGCAAUGUCCCGGGGUCGGGGCCCGACAUGCGGAUCAUCAGGAUACGGAUGGACCUGCAGGAUGGGAACCUGUACAGAAGCAUACUGGUUACCAGCAAUGACAAGACCCCCUCUGUCAUCAGCUCUGCCUUGGAGAAACACAAUCAGGACCCCACACAGGCGUCCAGAUAUGAGCUGAUACAACUUCUGCCUGAAGGAAAAGAACUGGUCAUCCCGGCAACAGGAAACGUCUUCUAUGCCAUGACAUCAUCCAGCGUUGACUUCCUGCUGAGAAGGAAAGGCGGGAACACCCCGGUUGGCUCACCGAUCACCACGGAGACGAGCGCUACUUUUCCUCGCAUCAAGGCCAAAGGAAGGAGAUUGGUCCGGACUUUGUUUUGACACAAGCUUUGUCCUUUCCAGCAGUUUUUUUUUCUCUAUAAAUGUGCAAAAAAGACAAAUCUACACAUGCCUUCCUUCGUUCUCCUGACCAAGUCUGUUCUGCAAAAAACACAGAGGACAUCUGCUGCUGAGGAACCGGGCCAGUUCUCCCAAUUGCUAGCCAAUAUGCAUUACUAAAUUAAACUGGGAGGGAAGGGCUGAUGGAGGCCUUUAACUGAGGGAAUCAGGUGCUUCGGCCCGGUCAUCCAGCAUUCAGUGCUUCUGUUUUUCAUUCCAACUCAGUAGGAUUUGUAAGCACAGAUGUGUAGCGAAACACUGAAGCAUGUCCCUGAGACAUAUAAUCAUGUUUUGUAUAUAUUUAUACACCUUGUCUGUCUGUAUGAUGAGAGAAGCUCCUAAUUAAUCUGAGAAAUCCUGUUUGUGCAUUCCUGUUAGCUCCAGAGAGCUCAGACAAAAUGAAUUGUUUCAUUUCAACAUAAACAAAAAGCUGCAACACUCAGACAUUUAUUCAACAGAGGUAUUUUUACCAACUCUGCAGCUCAAAUGAACUUUCUGGGCUCUGUGGGAACAUAGAGUCAGAAAAACAGUUUCUUCUCUGACUGGCUUUCUGCACACUCAUCCAGCAACAUCCAGACAGUUCAUCUGCAGGUCGUCCAUUACCCAGAGAGCCAGACGUUCCUCCAGCCGAAGCUGCUGUUGACCAAAGUAAAUCAUUAUUUACAAAAGGGAGAAAAGAUUUGUUCUGCUGGAUGUCUAAAAGCAAGGAGCAACCAAUCAUUUCGUCAUGUUUUCCUUCUAAGACAUUCUGACUCUCUGGUGAUCUUUCAAAGUCGCAUUAAUCAAUUCUUCUGAAGACCUUUCUUUUGGAUUUUGACUUUUUAAUUUUUUUUUUACUUGUCUUCAGUCCUGUAUUUGACCAUUUCAGGUGUUUUUGGUUAAGUCACUUUAAGCAUAAAAAAGGCUAAUUUCAAAUUGAAUCUACGGGGAACUGGAAGCCUCAGAGCCGUGUUUCUGAAACGUUAAGAGAUUACAGGGAGCUCUGGCUGCUUGGAAGGAAAUAUGUAAGCAAGGGUGAGGUUUAAAAGUUUUUCACAGCACUAUAUGCAAGUAGAUCGAUGCAUUAAAUUAAUAUAGCACAAAACUGAAGUUUCCUCUAAAUUCUAGUGGACAAAAACAAUUCCUGCAGCUUUAAAUGAACUUCAAGCACUUUACAAAAAAACACGUUGCUUUGCUUAAUCAGCAUAAAACUUAAAACGGGAAGAAAGUUUUUCCAGAACCAAACAGCUGAAAUGUUCGGGUCUAACGGGUUGCCAGGUUGGUUCCCCUCUGAGCUUUCUUUAUUUUAUAGUGAAUGUUCAGCAGCUUGAGUUUAAUCUGAACCUGUGACCUCUGGCCUCUACGCAUCAUUCCCAACGCUGAUGAGGCCUUCUGAUUGGCCGAGGCUCGGGAGGGACUGUGGGGGACCAGACAGAGGAUUCUGGGUAAUACUACAUGACAUGCAGGUGUGAUGUUGUUGCUAAAGACUGUUUUAGUGCCUUUUUCUGCUUGGUGCUCACCUUUCUCAUUAGAAUGUAUUCAGAACACACAGGUGGCGGAAACGCAGCCUCCUCCAGCGCUGAUCCAUUUCACAUCAAACUUAUUUAUGCACUACAUGUCAGAUGUCUUAUUUUGUGGUAAUAAACUUACUUUUAUAUGGAUUUUGGUGCUUAUGAGUGAGAUUUGUCAUGCUGUUGGCCUUUUCAUAAGACACAGUUAAAUUCAGCUCCAUGCAUCCAUGUGAGUGGUGACAUUUCAAAGAUACGGUGACGUAUGAAGUCAGACACCCCCGCAGAAGCUUUUUUUUUAUUAUUCAAAUUAAAGACAGCCAGCAUCUUUAUCUACAGGAAAAAUCAAGGUCAGACUGAAGGCGGAGAAAAAGCACUUCACAGCUCGUUUGACUUAACAAACAUUCACAGAGAAGUAAAAGAAAAUCAUCAAACCUGAAUCUUUUCUGCCCCUGAUUUCUUUCCAAAAUCCUAAAAAUAAUAAUGAAAGAAAUGAUCCACGUGCUUUUCAAGAAGCAGAGCAUGUCAGUCCUCCAGAGAACACCUGCAUGCAUGAGUGGAAAAACCUCCUUACAGAAUCUGCUCUCAUCCAUUUGCAGGAGAGUCUCUUCAGUUUCAGCAGCUGUGAAAAACACUUCAGCUUUUGCUUUUAUUAUUUUUAAAGAGACACUUUUAUGGGUUUUGUUCUGUUUUCUCCUAACCUCUCUAGAUUGCUGUCAGAUUUAAAAACUCGUUCUCCUACUGCACGGCUCCAUUUGCAUAAAAAAAAAAAAAAAAUCAUACUGAGCAUUUGAAAUGUUUUUGCCAAGAAAGCAUGAACUGAAUGUCUCUCUUUUUGAGACGCACACUCUGUGGCUGUUUGCUGUUUACUCAUUAUAAAUGUAAUUUGCUUUAAAAACAAACAAUUUGCAGUUAAGUUGAAUUGCUGUUUGGAGCUAAUGUUCAUCUGAGCUGCAUUUUUAGGAUCAGUUCAGUUACGUGCACUUUUAAAAAAAAUAAAAACUGAAAGAUACAUCCUGAAAUCUGAAUGCGUGACGUGCGCCAUGCUUUAUAACACUUUGCAGGCCGUUACUGCCACCUGUUGAUUACUGGAAUAGUAAAACAAGGGAGAAAAAAUCAAGCAAACAAAUAACAAAUGUGUUUGACUAUAAACUCCAUGAACUCACCACAUUGAAGUAUUUAAAAAAACUAAGCAUUUUUACAAAUAACUGUUGGUUUUUAGGGAUGAUGUGUGAAUUUUAAGAGGCUACGGGGAAUAUAAGCUACAGAGGAGGAUUUUCUCUUACAGUGUACAGACUAAACCUCAGCAGCUUACAGUUAAACCAGUGUAAACUUUUACUCCUCUAAAACUCUUAAAAAAUAAUGUCCUCCUAGGCAUCACAUAACAUACAAAAGUAGCUAAUUUUUACAAAUUUGCAAUUGGAAUAAUUACAUUAGACUUUUAAAUUACAUUUUCUGUCAGAAUGGCCUGAUUUGGAUAUAAUUUGGUUUAAAUGGAGACCAGUGAUGAAGAUGUGCUGUAAGUUAUUUGAUUUAAAAGAAACUGAGAAGAAAGUAGAAAGUAGCUGCAGACAAAGGGCCAAACCACGUCCAUCUCCAUCCUACCAGGAAGUGACCUCUGUUGACCUCUGCCUGCUGUCUGAUGCAUUGGAUCCUCAGUAGUUCAGUAUGAAGUUGUACCACAGAAAAGAAAACAACUAGGAGAGCAAAAUAAAAACUGUUUCUGCUGUUUGUUGAAUCACUUCAGGCUCAAUCAAUCAAAGGGCUUAGUCGUCAUGGCUACCUAUUCCAUCACCUCGGUAACAGCAAUCCAUGAAUUUUCAGCUGGAAAUAAAAAAUAUUUUGAGGCUUUUUUUUAUUUAUUUAUAUACAGAAAAAAACUAAAAUCAAAUUCCAUAAUUUUCCAGAUUUCUGCAGCAGGAACCCUGAUCUUUUGGUGUCUGCUGUUUUCUUCCUGUUUUGACUGUCAGAUGCUCCAGUAACUGCCAGGAAAAGCUGUGAUGCCAUAGACUUGUCCUCUCUGUUACUGUGUAAAACCUGCCAGCUCCAAAUCACUCUCAUCUCCAUCUCUGGUUUGCAUUUUCACCAAAUUAUGUCCAAACUAUUGCUGUCAAUGCUAACGCAUGCAAUUAAUCUGAAAAUUUUAAAGUGUUGAUAUUACAUAACAUAGAUUAAUCAAACUACUAUUUUGAGGGCUACAUCGUUCACAGCAGUGGAUUUUGGAUUUGACACAGGGAGUGACAAACCACAGUGACAGUUUUCCGCAACAGCAGCAAAGUCGAACAUUCACAACUUUCUUGUGUUGUGUC